AUAGAGGGGUUAUCCAGUUUGAAAAUAGGUAAAUACAUAUAUUUAGGAGAUUUUCUAACACAGCGAUUGUUGUACUACACAAUGUUUUUGACAAGUCAAAAUAUGCUGUACUUGUACUACAGUACAACUACAAACUACAUACAUUUAAGAAAUCACACGAACAAAGAAAAUCACAAUUAAUACAAAACGAUUCUCUCUUUGUUUUUCUUUGUCUCAAACAAAAAAUCCUCAUAAUCCUACCGUAAUCAAGCCAUGGAUCACAUGCAUAACAUGCCACCAUCAUCAUCAAUGACGAAUCAAACCAAACCCCACAUGAUGAUGAUGCACAUGAUGACCUUCUUCUGGGGCAAGAACACGGAGGUUCUCUUCUCCGGAUGGCCCGGGACAAGCUCCGGUAUGUAUGCUCUUUGUCUCAUCGUCGUUUUCCUCCUCGCCGUAAUCGCCGAGUGGCUCGCCCAUUCUCGAAUCCUCCGUGGUGGUGACGCCACCAGCCGCGCUGCCGGUAUCGCUCAAACCACCGUGUACACUCUCAAGACUGGCCUCUCCUAUAUCGUGAUGCUCGCCGUGAUGUCCUUUAAUGGCGGCGUUUUUAUCGUUGCUAUCGCCGGUUAUGCCGUGGGUUUCUUGCUCUUCGGAAGCACUGCUUUCAAGAAGCCCUCUCAUGACCAGAAAACCACUCUCCCGCAGUCGUCAGGCUGCGUUUGCUGAAAAUAGCAUUUUGCAUUUCCUUAACUUUUCUGUUUGUGUGUGGUUUGCUUUGUUUUGGGUUUUAAUAUUUCAUUUUCAGUUUAUAAACAUGUUACAAGAAAUAACCGGAUACGCAUCAAGUAUCUUCUUUUCCCCUGAAUUCAUUCAACAUGGAAAAACACAUUGUUGCAUAUGCAAAGAUUGUAUCAUGAAAUUUUAUGAUGAUCACUUCAUUUUUA